AUGGCUUCACAUCACGAUGUCUUCAUGCUACAAAGCGACUCGCCAAAGGAGCUUGAUCGUGCGGCUGCGGAAGACCCUGUAGUCAUCGACAGAUGGUACACGAGCUUCAUAGGCAAGAUCCAACGCUGUGCCAUCCAACCUGGCGACAUAUACAAUUGCGACGAAGGAGGUUUUCGUAUAGGCAUAGGAAAGCGCGAAAAGAUCAUAGUACCAGCUAGCAAAACGCGCACACGCGUGUCUUCGACGAAAGAAUCAACUCGCGAGCUGGUGACGCUCGUCAAGUGCGUCGACGCCCUGGGAAACGUGCUGCCGCCUAUGAUCAUCUGUCAGUCUACCAGCGAUAAGGUCAUGGAGGAUUGGGUGCGAGCGACAGACGUACCUGACGACUAUCUCAUUGAGACCUCUUCUACGGCAUACAUGAACGACGAAAUAGCCCUCGUGUGGCUCAAGCAUUUCGAUAAGCAUAUAACGAAGAAGCAAAUUGGAGAGUGGAGGAUGUUGAUUCUUGACGGUCAUAGUUCUCAUACUACCUAUAAGUUCUUAUCCUACUGCCAGAAGCAUAAGAUUAUGCCUUUCUUCCUUCCUCCACACACAACGUAUAUCCUGCAACCACUUGACGUCGCUAUUUUCCAGCCGUACAAGCACUAG